UCCUUCUUUUUGCCCAUCAACGACCAGUCUUUGGUCCCAUUGGUGGACUGGACAAGGGGAGGGAUUUAUAAUCCCCUGACGCUGGUUUUUUUUGUUUUGUUUAGCUGGAGUUUAAACUUUGCUACACAGCGGAAGAAGGUUUCGGGGCAGAGGGACCCAAGUGAGACAGGAGGAGAAAAACGAAGCCAGAGAGGCCACCAUCAAGUUGGAAUAAAGGCCGCUUGGCAAAAGCCACAUUGAAGGAGGCCGAAGUCACCAACACACGGCUGGGACAUGACUGCCACCAGCCUUGACAGCAUGGAGCUGCUGGACCUCCUCUUUGAUCGGCAGGAUGGGGUCCUUCGCAGUGUGGAGAUUGGGUCAACGGCGACAGCUUGGAUGGGACCAGAAGACAGUUGUUUGCUGAAAGCUCAAGAGAACGAGGAUUUCAUCAAUUCUAUCUUGGGGGCCCCAGAUGCCACCCUUGACUCCCCGAGCUGGUCCCCGGCGGCCAGCGACAGCGGCCUCUCUGAGGACCCCAGCUCUGACCAACUGGACAGCCCCCCUCACUAUGUGCCGACGGGCAGCCCUGGGACCUACUCUGACGGAGGCUCGCACAGUGACCUGGCUUACCGUUCCUACCUCCUGGUUCCGAAAGGGCCGGGUGCUGAGCUGAGAGAAGCGGAGGUGUCUAUAGACUUCAAUAUGUGGGAGGCAGGAUUUUACCCAGAGGAGCGGCAGGAACAAGCCGCCCCCCAGCUGAAUUCGUGCACCCUGACCAUAAAGGACCUCCUGUUGUCAAACAGCUGUGAGAUGCACCAGCAAGGCAUGAACCCCUCGCUGUUGAGACAAACCCCAGGGACCUGCCAGGAACUGGUCCUGACCGAGGAUGAGAAGAAGCUAUUGGCCAAGGAAGGAGUGACUCUACCCACCCAGCUGCCUCUCACCAAGUAUGAGGAGAGAGUCCUCAAGAAGAUUCGCCGAAAGAUCCGGAACAAGCAGUCGGCGCAGGAAAGUCGGAAGAAGAAGAAAGAGUAUAUUGAUGGACUGGAGAGCCGGAUGUCCGCCUGCACAGCUCAGAACCAGGAGUUGCAAAGGAAGGUCGUUCACUUGGAGAAGCAGAACUUGUCCCUCCUGCAGCAACUGAAGAAACUCCAAGGACUGGUGAUGCAGUCAAGCGGCAAGGCAGCCCAAACAGGCACUUGCGUUGCGGUCCUGCUGCUUUCCUUUGCCCUGAUCGUCUUCCCCUCCAUCAGACCUUUCACUCACAACAAAGCAGAGUUGGAAGGAGACUUCAUACCUGUGAGAGUUUUUUCCAGGUCCCUCAACAACGAUGCUUCUUCCAGGGUUGCCUACCCCAUGGCAAAGGAAGCCGACCAGAGCUCCAUGGAGCCUGAGAAACCCCUCUGGACCAAAUACGCCCACAAAGGCCACACGGAGCAGGAUGAAACCCUCAAAAACCUGGUCAUUAGGCACCACGUCUUGUCAAGGCACCACGACGCAGGAGAGGCUGUGGUGAGCAACAGCACCGAGCCUUUGCACGAGGUCACCUACUCGCACUUGGAGGGACUUGAAGGCCCCAGGGAACACAGCUUGGCAUCCACGGCCUGGGCAGAGUCUGGCCAGCCCAGCAAGGGGGUCUUGGAGCAGGCCGACGAGUUGUGACCCUCUCUUCCUGCUGCUCUCCCCUGUAUGGCAUUUGGAGACUUAAUAGGGGGUGGUUAUGUGGGACAGGGCUGGAUGUGUGUGGACCAAACUGCUUCUUUCCCACUGAGCAGGGAGGGGGAAAGGCAUGACGGUGCUGUUUGCAAGAGAGCAAGUGAAAAGUGUAAAGAGGGUGGCCUGCUUUCUUCUCGCCCUCUCCGUGAUAAGCCUCAGAAAAGCCCAACUCCCUACCCCCAGUGCCUGCAGUCAGCAGCGGGCCUCAUUGAAUUUGCUGCCAAGAAGUGUGGUGGAGUCUCCUUCUUUGGAGGUCUUUAAGAAGAGGCUUGACAGGCAUAUGUCAAGAAUGCUUUGAUGGUGUUUCCUGCUUGGCAGGGGGUUGGACUGGAUGGCCCUUGUGGUCUCUUCCAACUCUAUGAUUCAUGCAGAGGGUCUCAGCCUAAGGCUCAUUGAGUCCAUCCUUCCUCUGCCCACUGGACACCUCACUAAGCAAUUCCUCCUCUGUUUUAGAGGUUAUGUCCGACAUUGCCCACAUGUUUUCGAGUAUAUUUCUUUGCAGCCAUGAGGGCUAGAAACUCCCAAAUGAAAGCUUGGUUAGGCAGGGAAAGGAAGUGAUUUUCGUCCUGUCCUGGGUUUGUCUCAAACAGUGCUGUUCCUGUUCUGCUACAGUUAGGCUUCUAGGGGAAAAAAACCCAUGUUGUUUCUUUCGCUAUUUGCUGUAGCCUGGAAGUAAUGAAUUGUGUAAUUAAUCACAACGGAAGGGAAGCAUCAGAAGAAAAUUAUUUAUGUGAUGUUUGUGGACUAAAAAAAUAAUAAUUCAUUGCAAAUACCACUUGUAUGGGAAAUAAUUUAUAAUGAAUUGGAAAAGAAUAUUUAAAAGUACAUUUCCAAAAAAAAAACCCAGUCCUUUUUGUUGGGGAUAAUUCAGAUGGAAAUUCUCAGUUGUCAAGAAAGACAUGCCACUACUGCUGCCCGUGUUUUGUUAGCCCAAAAAUGGAAAAUGAGUGAGGUCCCAACUAAAGAAGAAUGGCAACUUAAACUGAUGGAAUAUGUGCAGCUUGCGGACCUAACAUAUAGAAUAAGAGAAGAAGAAGAACAUAUGUUUAGAGAUUGGAAAAAGUUUACUGAAUAUAUGGGGGGAAAUUGUGUAUACUUGGAAACGCUGGCAGCAUUAAGAUAAAUUCAACAGUGUAAAUAAGUUUUAAUGGAUAUAAUAAUGGAAUAGUGAAUGAUAUGGUUUCUGUAAAAUAUGCAAGGAUUUAUGAUAUGUAAAAUGAACCAUGGAAAGAGAAGAAGGGAAGACACUGACAUUUUAAGGUUGUUUAAUGAAUAUUUUAAAUUGUAAAAUAGAAAACUUAAUAAAAAUUAUUUAAAAAGAGCAAAAUACCACUUGUAUUAGCU